AUGUCAAACUCUGCAAGGGCGAAAAAGCCUGCCCCAAAGCCUGCUGUGGAAAUUCCUGUCUAUGACCCAAAUGUGCCAGAGCCAUCAACCAGAGAUGAGCUCCUGAAAUACUGGGUCAACCUUACUAUGAAUGAAAAGACUGCCCAAAAGAUGUUGUGGGUGUCAGAGGGUGGUACCAAGGUGGUCCGCUUGACUGAAGAGGUUUGCCCGUACCUGGAUAGGCCUGAGAGAUUUGAGCUCACCCCACAGGUGCUCUGCAAUGAGGGCUUUUGGAAUACAAGGGGAUACUGGGAAAUGAAGUGUUCAGGAUGGGUCGUUAUUGGUGCCACAUAUGAAAAAGUUGGAAGGAAGGCUUAUGACGGGCCCUGUGGUCUUGGAGAAAAUGAUGAAUCCUGGGGUGUGGGUUGGGCUGGAUCCUGUUAUCAUGCCUGGCACAAGGGGCAUGUUGUAGAGGUCGUGGACACCCCCUACAGCUCCACUCUGGGGGUGUAUGUGGACCAGCCAGCCGGGAUCAUAAAAUUCUACCUGGUGGAAUGGAAGGUGGAGGGUGAGGAGGACACAGGUAGGAAAGAGGCCAAGCUGAUUUACAAGUAUCAGAGCCCAAUGACAGAGCGCGUUGUGCCAGGUAUCUGGGUAGGGAGGUCAUCUUCCUGCUCUAUACUAAAGAAAGAAUGA